UAAUAUUCGAUGCAAAGUCUUGUAGAAAUUGAACCUAAAGAAAUUUUAUAUUUUGAAGUUGAAGAAAAUAAAUUAGCACAUGCAUAAAUGUCUAUUAAAAAUUUGACUUAAGAAAAUGUUUCUUUCUAGGUAUACUUAAAUUGAAAUAAUAUAAUAGAUAAAACUUACAAGACCUCUUUUAUUUCGAGUAAAACCACCCUGUGGUAUAAUUAACCCCAAUUAAACAAAAAUUAUUGAAUUUUCUACAAACCGACCUAUGGAAAGUGAUGAAAAAAUUGACAAUAAAUUUUUAAUUAACACUUGCUUUAUUGAUUCUAUAAAUUCAGGUAAUCAUUAAUAGCUAAAAUCAAUUAGAUCUGAUUAUUUUUUGGAAAAGUAGAGAUCAAUCAACUAUUUAAUAAUAAUAAAUCAGGGGGAGAAUAAAGCAGAAUAUUUAAUAAGAUACUUAAUCUCCCUCAUAAGAGUCUGAGUCUAAUGUUUUUAAAUAAAGUAUAUGUAUUUCGUAAUAACAAGAUUCAAUAUAGUUUAAUUCUGUUAUUGUACAAAAGGUAAAUGAUGAUUAAAUUAAACAUUGUAGAUACUAAUUAGAAGACUCUAAGUAGUUAUAAAUUUAAUUAUAUAGGAACAAAAAUACCAAGAGUUUAAAAAGAAAACCAGAAUUGAAAAAUAAUCAACAUUAUUAAAAAAAUGUAUUUCUAAAAAUAUCACUAUUUCAUAGAUAAUUGUAAUUUCAACUUUGCUUUGCUCUAGUUUGCUGUCCUAAUGGGUUUAGUAAAAGGUUAUUUGAUGCGGA